UCUUUAGCUUCAAUGAAAUCACAACAAAAAGUCAUAACAUCAUGAUCACUAGAGUUGCUGCUAUGUCAUUCAGACACAGUUCGGAAACAUGCUGAGGGUUACAUGAGAAGAACAUGUGAAUUUUUAUGUUUGAACUUUUUGUGCAAAUCUAAGGCUUAUGUAUUCUGUUCUGCUGAAAACUGUUUCUGUUCCCUUUAAACUAUUCAUCCUUUUAAUAGCUUUUCCAAGCUGAUUAAUUAUUGAUUGUGGUAGGUUACACUGAUGUCAAAUUGAGUUAUUAGUAUUCACAAAUUAAAUUUGAAAGUAACAAUCUUGUGCACAUAAAACAACUUUUCCAUAAAUACUUAACUUGUCCUAUCAAUGUAUUAGGUCUCUAUAAUGGUAUAACACAUAGUCAUUUAUAUGUCUUGAUGAACUGUCAAUCAUCCUUUUUAUGUCAAUCUGAAAAACUUGAUUCUGUUCAUCUGGACGUUUUCAGUGGGAGAAACGUUUCGUCACUCAUCCAAGUGACUUCUUCAGUCUAAGCUGACUGCAGUUUCCCCCAAAUUAUAAAGAGUACAUUAUCAUAAUCACUGAAACCAGCGAACUGAAGUAACGAUGGGUUGUGGGGUGAAUUGCUUCAUCAUAAUUAUGCAAAUUGGUGUGACCAUUGAUCAGGAACGACUCAUCAAAGACCACUAAUAAAUGCCCAUGAGUCAGUAUGCAAAUGUACGUUUUGUAAGAUGCGGGGAAUCUGGAGUUAUUUGUGUACUUUUUUGACAAUGUGGAAAGAAUUUCUUACUCUUGUGCCACAAAUACACUGUUUAUUUUGCCCAUAGGUCACUGCACUGUGGAAAAGACAGGAAACCGAAGUUGUUGUUGCUGUGAUUCCAUCACAAAUAAAAGGAACGACUUUAUAGUUCACCACAGCGAGCGGAAAUCACUGGAACCUCAUCAAUGGUUAACAGGCGAGAUCAUAGAGUGCCCUGCAUGAUAUUGCCUGCAAGUUGGAUUUGGGCAGUAAGGUGUACAUACUGAACCACUACACUGCCGCUGUCAUCCUGUUCGGGAAAAGAGAAAUGAUGAGGAGGCGCUGUUUGUCAAAGGUCAACUUUGAUAACUACCACGCAAUUGUUUCGUUUGUGAACGUUGGAAAUGUUCACUGGAAGUUCCUGUACCUAAGUAAAGCAGACAGCUGUCUUUACCUUGUUGAUCCAGCACGCAACACAAGAGAGCUUGAAGAAUCCAAAGUGGCAGCACAAAAAUUCAGGGAGUUCUUCAAAAUGAGGCGUACUGCAAUCAACAAGACUGACUGGGUGGAUAUCAAGUUAAAAGGAGGAGUUUUCAAACACCCAGAACAGAAGGACACAAAUAGCUGCGAUGUGAUUGUCAUCUUGAUGGCAAAGGCGUUCAUGGAGUCCUUUCCCCAAAUACCAGAAAUGACAUUUGAAACCACAAUUAAAGCAAUGGUACAGCAGCGUGAAGCAACUGCUUUACAUAUACUGGGAGCCUCAGUGUUCGAGGCAGAAAACAACUGCGCCAUGUGUUCAACUCCAAAACCACCUUUUCCAGGGCCUUCAAUCACCAAAUGGGUAAGACAGAUUUGUAAUUGGGGAUAUGAUUUAACAAAAUCUAUUGUGUAAAGUUGCUUUUGUUAUUUGGUUCUUGUUUUGAGGAA